CAGCUGUCAAUCUAUGUGUCACAAAUAAAAUAAUUUAAUAGGCGUGUCGUUCUUUAAGUUUUCACCAAAAUAAAAUAAUGUCGGCGACAUUAAAACCGUAUUUAACUGCUGUUCGCCACACGCUUACUGCCGCGAUGUGUUUAGAACAUUUUUCAUCUCAGGUUGUAGAAAGAUACAAUAAACCGGAGGUCGAGGUUAGAACCAGUAAAGAACUAUUACUCAACCCGGUGGUGAUUUCACGGAAUGCCAAUGAGAAAGUGUUGAUUGAAUCCUCUAUUAAUUCUAUACGAGUCAGCAUCAUGAUCAAGCAAGCAGACGAGAUAGAGAAGAUUUUGUGCAAAAAAUUUAUGCGUUUUAUGAUGAUGCGAGCUGAAAAUUUUAUCGUUUUGAGGCGGAAACCAGUCGACGGCUAUCAUAUCAGUUUCCUGAUUACGAAUUUCCACACAGAGCAAAUGUAUAAACAUAAAUUAGUUGACUUCGUUAUAUAUUUUAUGGAGGAAAUAGAUAAAGAAAUCAGUGAAAUGAAAUUGGCAGUAAAUGCACGCGCGCGUAUUUGCUCGGAAGAGUUCUUGAAGAGAUUCUAGAAAUUCCUCUUGUCUACGACAUGACUUUAUCUUGCAUUUAAGACACAAAUGUAAUAUAUAAGCACUUAUGUUUAAUACCUGAGGUUGUUAUAUGAAUGGACUUCUGUCACUUAUCAGCUGUAUGUUGUUAUUUUUUAAACAAUGAACAUGUCUAUAAAAUGAUUGUGUUAAUUAUUAUGUAUAAGAACAUUUUAACUGCUGAGGUGUAUUCUAGAAAAGCUGCUUAUACCAUUAUGCAUUGUGCCAAAUGUAAUAUAGCAAGCAAGCUGUAGUGUAUGUAUCAUCUACUUGUGGGACAUAUGCAAUACUUAAAUACUAACUGUCACAAGGCUAAUUCCCAGCAGUUAAUAUGUUAAUAGUAUGUAAUAAAGUAAUUUUGAGUGCCAUGAGUUUUUACUCAUGUAUGCCUAAAAAUGUCAAGAAAAAUCAUAAAUUUUAUGUCAUAUACCCUUUCUUGCAAAAAUGUGUAUCCUGUGAUGCUGAAUGUUAGACGGCAACUGAUUUUAGGACCAUUGUGAAGCUCCUGGUAAUUUUGAGACAGACUCGCAGGAGCGCAAUCAUGCUCCUCUGCACUCUAAUGGUUAAAUUAGAUAAUAAAUUUUGAGAAAUUCCCAAGAUUAGUUAUUCAAUAUGUCACAUAUAAAAAAAGUAACAUUACAGAUACCAAAUGUCUGUUUUAAGCAUUUAACAUUAAUUGUAUGAUAUGGCUGAUUCUUUGUAAAUUCUAUUUUAUGUUACUAAAGAUAUAAUAAUGAAAUUGAUUAUGUCUUUGAGAAUAGCACAAAAUUUGUACAGUUUUGUAACUAGAGUAGUUUUUAAAUCUGCAAAAUACUUAAAUAUGAAUCUGUGUGAUUGUCUGAUGGAGUGAGAUGGCAAUACUUUAUAAAUGCUAUAGGGAUAAUACCCUAUGAUUUUCCUUUAUAUUUAUAGAUAGAUAAUGGUUUCCAUCAAGGAGCUAUUGACCGACAUUACAUGAAUCAUAUUGUGAUAUUUUUAUAACUUACUAAAGUUACUUAACCACUGAACAUAUAUAUUUACUGCAUUGUGGAUAUUUUAUUUAAUCUGCGCUGAUCCAUAUCUAUCAAUUAUAAUUUGAGUAAAGAGUGUUUUACAACCAUCCAGUCAUUAGCUUGUUUCCAUGCCUAGCUGAAUAGAAAUAUUAUUUAGGGUUGUCUAAUUGUAAAUUGUAUUACUAUAUGUUUAAGUACCUAAUUUAAAAUGAUGUUCACAACAAUGAUAGGUGACAAUAACCCUGCAUACCUGAUUAGAAGCAACAGUAGGAGGGUUUUUUGUUAUUAUUCCAUUUAUGAUAAAAAAACAGUAUCUUUACAGAUAAGAAUUAUAAAAAUAUAGCUUCAUAUAAUGUAUUUUAUUUAGUCUUAUCUUAUAAAAUUAUUGUUUAAACUCUAAAAUUAAAUAAUUAUAUUUCUAAACCACUGUUUAUAAUUUAAAUCCUACUCUUCGAACAAUUUGUAUUGCACAUACAAGCCAAUCACAUUUUUCACACAAAAAUAUUAUUAUAUAAAAAAAUAUUAAAAUUAUUGUAGAAGUUGCAAAAUUUAAUAUUAUCUUUACACCAAUUUACUACAUAGACAAUUAGUAUCCCAUUCAACAUUUUAUUCUUAGUUACUCAAAGUAAAAUUACACAUUUUGUUCAAUUAAUCUGCAAAGAGAGAAAUAAGAAGAAUA